AUGGAUAAAGAUCCUGUUGUGGGAAUGCCUAUGGAUGUGAACAUUCAUAAUGAGGGGGAAACAUCUAAUCCAAUGCAACUUCAAACUGUUAUUGUUAAAAGCAAUGCAGUUGUGAAUUUUUUUACAAGGCCAUCUCCUGAAGAUGAUAUACAUUCUGAAAGUGAAUAUAUUGAUGCUACACAAUUACAUAAUCCUUCAAAGGUUCCUAUUACUGAUUUCUUUAACUUGUCUGAUAGUAAUAAUCUCAUCCAUCUGCAUACUUUAGUGAAUCCUUUUACUUGGUGUAAUGGUAGGAGAGGUAGGCUUAGAACUGAGAAAAGAUUGGACAGAGCUAUAUGUAACUUGAAUCUUUUGGAUUUCUGUAAGCAUGUUGUUUGUCACACUCUUCCCAAGAUUAAGUCUGACCACUACCCUUUACUUUACUCCAUAAACAUAGAGAAAGUUACUUUCAAAUCCAACUUCAAGUUUCUUUCUAUGUGGACUCUUAAAGAGGAAUAUGCUAGAAUUAUUGAAGAGAUUUGGAACACUAAAGUGUAUGGCUGCCCCAUGUAUGUCCUUGACAGAAAACUUAAGCUUCUUAAAGCCAAACUUAAAUAUUGGAACAAAAAUCAGUUUGGGAAUGUGACUCUCAAUGUUCGUAAUGCUGAUCACACUCUGAAGGAAAUUCAGAGGGAUAUUGGUAAUAAUGGCUACACUGAUAGCUUUCAGGAUAAGGAAUCUAAGGCUCAACAUGACCUUGAGAUUGCUUUGAAUUUAGAAGAGGCUUUUUGGAAAGAGAAAUCUAGAAUUAAGUGGAGAAAUACUAAUCUUAUUUCUACCUUGGUUAUAGAGGAUGAAGUUGUUACUAAUCAAGAUAGAUUAGAGAGACAUAUAGUUAACCAUUUUCAAAAGCUUUUCAAUAAUGAUAAGAUUAUGCAUGAUAGUGAUUUACCUAGAUUAGUCAUUCCUAAACUGGUUAAUGAUCCAAUCAAUGAUUUGCUUACCGUGACUCCAAGCAUUAAUGAGAUUCAUCAGUUCUUCAAUCAAGGUUGGCUCCUUCCUAACUUCAAUGCCAAUACCUUAGUGUUGAUCCCUAAAGUGAAAGAAGCUAAUUGUCUUGGGCAGUACAUGCCUAUUGCUUUAGCAAGCUUCAAAUUUAAAAUUAUCUCUAAAAUUUUAGCUGAUAGAUUAUCUACUAUUCUGCCUAAUCUCAUUUCUCCUAAGCAGAAGGGAUUUGUCCAUGGUAGAAACAUCAGAGAAGGUAUUUGUUUAACUUCUGAAGCAAUCAAUAUUUUGAGUAAUAAGUGCUUUAGUGGCAAGGAGGCUCUGAAAAUAGAUAUAGCCAAAGCUUUCAAUGGCAAACAAAUUGGAUACUUCACUUGCACUAAUGGUGUGAGGCAAGGAGAACCCUUGUCUCCUAUUUUGUUUUGCAUUGCUGAAGAUGUCCUUAGUAGAGGUAUAACUAACCUUGUGAACACUAACAGUGUAAAUCUCAUCAAAGCUAACAAGCACACUUUGGUUCCUUCACACACACUAUUUGCAGAUGAUAUAAUGAUUUUUUGCAGAGGUGGUGCUAAGUCCCUUCAAGCUAUUGCUGAUCUCAUUAAAGACUAUUAG